AUGGGUUCCCGCAAAGAUGACAAGAUCGACCCUCAAAACUGCUCUGACCUCCUUUCUGAGCUACAGACCGAGAUGGAAAAAGAAGCAGAUGAGCACCUUUCUAGGACAAAAGCGCGUUUCCAGGCAGAAAAGGCGAAAGAUGCGAAAAGACUGGAGCAGAUGACCAUCGAAAAAGACAGUCUCCAAACCAAGAAUCUACCGGCCGAGAGUGAGAUUUCUCGUCUGAAGCAAGAGCUGGAGGCGAAGGCCCUGGCCACGCAAGACCAAGUGGGCUGGAGGGAGAUACAGCCAGCCUUGUACCAAGCUCAUAGGCAGCUGGUAUCGGCCGCUACUGGGCUUUGGAACUCAAUUGAAGCCAUCCAGAAUCGCCAGCUAGCAACAUUCCUGCCUGGGUCAGGUGCCAUGGAUUGCAACUGGCCCAGUCUGAGCGGAGCAUCCAACCUUACUGGGUUCGAUACUUUUCCAGCACUAUACAAUUCACAGACUACUCAACAAGACUAG